UACAGAUGAUAUAGUAGCUGCCACAAUGACGGACUUGGGAUCGAUGGGCCAGUCUGAUAUUCGUCUUUCAGAGGUCUAUUGUGGAAGUAUCUGUAUGCAGACGAAUUGUACACUAUUGCAACAAGUCAAUGGAAAUAAAAAUCUUAAAACAGAUCAUGAUAUGAUAGGGGCGUUGCAAGACUCAGCUCGAGUGCAGACUCUGCGGUUUGGUCCAGUGGCAGCCUGGGCGAGGGAGGGGAGAGAGGCGGAGGAACUACUGCAGGAAAAAAGUUAAAAGUAAAAUGGCUUCCUUGUCUUUGGACUCUGAGGAACAAUCACCAAAGACCAAAGACGAACAUACGCCAGCACAUGUCAAAGAAGAAGAAGAUUUCGGCCGAUCGGGUGCAUCGGAAAAACAAAGUUUACAAAAGUCGGAGUUGAGCUUUUCCACUGACCAAGUAUCGUGUCUGUGCGAGGCCCUUCUGCAGGCGGGUAAUGUGGAUCGCCUGUGGAGAUUUCUCUCCACGAUUCAUCCUUCGUCCGAGCUGCUACGUGGCAAUGAGACCCUUCUCAAGGCCCAGGCUCUGGUGGCUUUCCACCGCGAAGAGUUCAAGGAGCUUUACGCCAUUCUGGAAAGCCAUGACUUCCACCCGUCUAACCAUGGGUUCCUGCAGGACCUGUACCUGAAAGCUCGCUAUAAAGAAGCUGAGCGGUCCCGGGGCCGCAGCCUGGGUGCUGUGGAUAAGUAUCGUCUCAGAAAGAAGUUUCCCUUGCCUAAAACAAUAUGGGAUGGAGAGGAGACCGUGUACCUUCUUAAAGAGAAGUCCCGCAAUGCACUAAAAGAAUGCUACAAAAGCAACAGGUAUCCGAGUCCAGACGAGAAGAAAAACCUGGCCAAAGUUACAGGAUUAUCUCUCAAACAAGUGAGCAACUGGUUCAAAAACCGUAGACAGAGGGAUAGGACCCCGUCUGGGACACACAGCAAAAGUGAGUCUGACGGUAACCACAGCACAGAGGAUGAAGCAAGUGCCAUGGAUGACGUCCCAGAACAGUUAGAGGAGCCUUCAUCUAUCAUCUCUUUUUCUGCUGUUUCUGGUAACACGGGAGGACCGCUCAUUCUGAAUGGAUCCAGUGGGUUUCUCUCUGCACCUCAGCCUAUUCUACUAAAUGGCAACUCCCUUAUUUCUGGUGCUGGAGGUGGAGUCCUCAUCAAUGGCCUAAACCUUGGAGACUGUCAAACUGUAACACUAAGUCCUGUUGCAGGCAACUCUUCUUUGAUAUUAGAUGGUUCUCAGGUAAUGACAAAACCAAAUGUACAGCCACAACAUGCACUAACAGUAACAAAACAGGAGGAUGAGCCCAAUGCAGACAACAAGCCUGUCAUUGUUGCCACAAAUACAACACAUGCCUCAAACUCGCCAUCAGUUAUUUCUAUGCCAAUCAAGACAGACAGAGACACUUUGGAUUUCAUCAGCAUUCCUAAAGAAAGGCAGACCAAACCUAAUAUACUGCGUCACCAUACUGACUCGUCAUCUUUUUUACAAUCUUCACCUUUUUCAUCUACUAUAAACAGUGCACCAAAGUUACUGUUGACACAAACAACCAAAAAUCAGGAACUGAUCACUCUUCCAGCAUCUAUAGCAUCUGCAAGAACAGUCAUUUCUUCAUCUCUCUGCAGUCAGGAGGGCAACUUUGUUGUUUUUGCCACUACCAGCUCCCCAAUAACUGCCUCUAGCUCAGUAGUUUCAUCAACUCCUUCCACCCCUCAGGUCCUCUCUCUCCCCCAGGUAGUUCCUUCUAUUCAAGGCAUACCUGUCUCCCAGUUGGUCCAACACUCUUCAGCAACUCAGGGGUCCCAGUGUCCUCAGUUGGUCCCUGUGUCUCCACUUUCACCCCCAAAUUCACUGUUGCAAAGCACAAUAACUACAGACCACAGACUUGUACAUCAGCAUGAGGCUGCAUCAACACUGCCUGAAGUUGGUAUAACCACAGUGUCCAUUUCACAACAUGCUACAAAUCAGCUUUCACAACAAUUAACUAGUCACUUGGUGGACCAGAAUGGUCCAGUUGCUACAGUUGGAAAAAUACAAGUGCCACAACUCCUUUCCAUUGCUUCGCCAACACAAGUGUUUCCUGCACCUAAAGGGACUCAUGCACAGUUGGUUUCUGUUUCACUGCCACAGCUGGUCCCAGUUUCAUCCAUCCAAACGUCGAACACAAUCUCAUUUCCACAGGUGGUGCCUGCCACCCCAUCACUGACCGUGCCUUCUGCUGGACCACCUGUACAGAUUCUGGCAUCUGGCCCCACUGCUUCUAACCUAGCACAAGCCCCCCUCAGGAUCAACACCAUCAGCCCUAUUCAGACUGUAGCUUCUCCAGCAAGUGUGGGUCCCAGUGUGCAGCUGUUGAAUUCUGGGAUCAUUCAACUCCCUGCAACUCCACCAGGCAACCUGCUCCUCAGUGGAAGUCCAUUCUUAAGUGUCCAGCAAGGCAAGCUAAUAUUGACAAUUCCAGCAGGAAUUCAACUCACAGGUUUGUCCUCAAAACCAGAGGUUUCCCCUGUUUCCAGUAAUGGGCCUUCAGCUGCUUCACAGCCUUUAAGUAUGCAAAGUUUAACUAGCAGUUUUACAACAUCUGCCUUUACUACAAGUCAGACACCAAUCCACUCUACUAUGGCAUUAGAGCACCCACUUUCCUCCACCUCCCAGAGCGCCCUCACUCCAGAGAGUAUGCUAACCCUUAGUCCCACAUAUAGUGGGUUGACAUCAAAUGCACAACUGUCUCAUUCUGCCUGGAGUCCAGGAUCAAAUUUGUCUCAGCUGUUUGAUGUACGUGGUAAAAGCGAUCUCCAUGUUGACCCGUCUUUGUUAGCAGGCCUGCCUGGAGGGGAAUCCCUGCUUUUGGGGAGCCCUUCUCCUGAGCAGGGAAUGGAUACCAGGUCACCACUUGGUAACUCAGAGGACAUUGAAGGCGAGUCCAAAAUUCUUACACAGCUACAAUCUGUGCCUGUUGAUGAUGAUGAUUUGGGUCUGUAGACCUUACUACAUCAACAACAAAAAUACCGUUAGUGCCUGUAGUGUCGACCUUUCUGGUAACAGCAUUAUAAUGCACUACUCACUCAAAACCUCAGUGGCACUUUUAAGUUCUGAACUCAAAUUGGCAACCAAAAUGUAAAAAUGACAGGAUAUUAUGUACCUGUAUGCAUUUCUGGUGUGCAUUAACCAUUUUAAUAUCAAAAUGGGGAGAGCAUAAAUUUUUCCCACUCCUGGAUAAUUAUUUAUGUUACUUGGGUGAUCAAUAGUUUGACCACCACAUUGCUAUUUUCUGUAAAGUCAAUGCAAGAUUUUGGUACUACAUAGGAUAUAAUUACUUAAAUAAUCUUUGAUGAUUAAAAUCCUUUAGGAAACACAAUGUUGCAUUACAAUUUGAUGUUUGCAGUCUUGUUGCCUUAAGUGCCUUAAAUUGUAUUAUAGGUUUUUAACCUGUAAUACAAUAAUAUAAAUCUAUUUUAGCCCAACAUUUAUAAAUGUAGCUGUUUAUCUUAUUUGUAUAUUUUGCACAUUGCAUUUUUAGUGUUUACACUAAACUUCACAUGGUUACAAAGGGCAUAUUUUAUACUGUGUGUAUGUUUUGUUUGCCAAAGCAGAUUUUUUUUUUUUUUUUACCAGUCCAGAGCUGCCAAUCGCAGUAGAUGUUAAUAUUACAAUUUUAUUGUAAAGAACUGUAUGUAUGUUCAGAACUACAGACCUUUAACUUCAGUUUCUUCAUGUAGUUCACAUCAGUCUAAAUUAGUAUCAGUACAGUGCACUAAUAAAUUAUAGAUUAGUACAAUAAGCAAAAAUGCUAUAAUAAAAAUGUUCACUAAACAUUCAAGUUUUCAAAUAACCUGGGGAGUCACAAACUGUGCUUUAUAGCUUCAGCUAAUAAUGCUAAUGAAAUCUCCUUAUUCAAUAUGACUGUGUGCUUGUUGUAUCUUGGCACAGUUCAUAUCUGGUCAAUAAUGGUACAAAAUUAUACAUUUUUAAAACUUUACAAUAUAUUGUUUUUACAAGCUUGUUUGUAUUUGUGUAUUGUGUACUUGUUUUUGAAGCAUAUGUCAAUCAAUUAUGGUCUUACUGUCAAAUGAGAAGGUCUGCAUCAUGGUCAGUGUGAAUUGGAAGUUUUCCUCUUCAUGACACAUAAAGGGAAAUGUAUCCUGUGAACUGUGAAUGUCGUGCUAGGGUGUCGAGAUGUAAUGUACUGUACAUUUCUUGCCAAAAAAAAGACAAUGUGUUUGUAAGCACAUGUUAUGCACAUUUUAUCCAGUUUGUUCUUGCCAAAACUCCAGUUUUAACCAAAGAUAAUGUUUGAACUUUUUUAUUUUACUUUUGAUAGUUUGAAAUGCAUUUUUUUAUAUACAUGUUUAAUUCAUUAUUCAAAUUAUAUUUUUUAUAUUACAUAUUGUAAUAAUAAACUACAUACACCAACUACUAGUGUAGAGAA